GGGCGGACCCGGCGGAUCAGCUGAUCGGCUGCAUAAACAGCAGCUCCGGGGCCCGGCGCGGGGCUCCUGCCGCAGCCCGGGGCCGGCUUUUUUUUCCAUCCCCCCCGCACCCACCCCUGCUGCUGGAAGAGCCCUGGGUGACACUGGACUGGCGGAGCUGCGAUGCCCUUAAAGUUUCAGGUGCACUGUCUGGCUCGUAACAAAAAUAUUCCUUCUGCUGCCUGACCUCUGCAGGCUUCUCCAGCAAGGGCCACAGCCUUCCUGAUUGUGCUAUGGACUCCAGAGUUUGGCAGAGUCAACCAGUGGGGAACUUCUCGGACUGUCCAAACGGCUCCCAGUGGGUGUGGGAUGUGUUCGAUGAGUGUGCCCAGGAUGGUUUGGACAUCGCCAGCAUUGUGUUGGGGCUGGUUUCCAUCGUCUGCUUUGCGGCUGCUUCAUUCCCCCAAUAUUACCAGGCUUGUAAAACCGGUAACAUGGAUGAGGCGCUCUCCAUAUACUUCCUGUUGGGAUGGCUGGCUGGAGACUCCUUCAAUCUGAUAGGGUCGUUCCUGGCUGACCAGCUGCCGCUGCAGACUUACACUGCCAUCUACUACGUGUCAGCAGAUCUGAUCAUGUUGUCUCUGUACUGCUACUACAAAGUCAGGAACCAGAGCCGAGGCUUCCUUGCUCCUAUUAAUGCCGUCUUUGCCUUCAUCUUUCUGGGAACGGUGUCAACAACCUCCCUACUCGGUGGAGGUGGCUCCUUGGCUCAGGAAACAAUGGUGACGAUGAAAGGGAGGACACUUCUCUCUGCUGCAGCGGAUGAGUCUGGGCACGAGCCUUUCACCAAGAAGGAAAUCAUUGGCUUCGCCAUUGGCUCACUGUCCUCCUUGAUGUAUCUGUUGUCCCGAGUGCCGCAGAUCUACACUAAUUUCAAAAGGAAGUCUACUGCAGGGGUGUCGUACUCCCUCUUUGCUCUAGUGAUGCUGGGAAACACGCUGUAUGGAGUGAGCGUGCUUCUGAAGAACCCCGACCCGGGGCAAACCAGAGGCGACUAUGCCCUCCACCACCUCCCGUGGCUGAUCGGCAGUCUGGGUGUCCUUUCUCUCGACAUUGGUAUCUCCUUCCAGUUCCUUGCUUAUCGGAACAGAAGACCUAGCACUCGAGAAGAGAGGGAGGCCCUUCUUAGCAGCUGACAGAGGAGCUAGCCCAGUGCAGGAACGGCAGGAUGCGCAGGAGAGUGCUGGUUUUCACCAAGGCACGUUGGACUCCCAGACCCACCUGUCUCUGGGCGAUCCCAAAUGAAAGGGAACGCAAGCCAGUGUGUGGUAUGCUGCUGAGGGAUUAUGCCUGGCUGUGUGGCACAGGAUGCUGCUGGCAGAUGUCACGCCUGCUGGUACCAAUGAUGUUAAAGGGAUAAAUAUUGGGGAAAUGCCUGUUCCAGGAUCACAGUCACUUUUCACCUUUUAUUUAAGUACUGUAGCUGAACUCGGUUCCCUCUUUUCUCUUAGAAAGGAGGUCUUGCACUAGCUCCAGGCCAGCUAUUGCUGCCAAAAGGGAAGAGACCCUAGGAGCUUAGGCUGACCCUCUUAAGUGGAAGCUGCUUGGUCACAGCUAUGUUAUUGCCAUUCUCAGCUACACCUUUGAGGGUCUAGUCACUGGGCCUUUAAGGUAGGGAAUGAGGCCAGUCCUGGGUAAAGUAUUUUAAUACAUGUGUAUACACAUUUUAAUAUUUUUGGCUGCAAACUUUAUAUAGAAUAAAUCCUUAUGCAGCACA